GUUUCACUUUCACAUUAGUUUUGGUCAAACAUAUCUGAAGUUUCACAGACACUGACAGAAUGAUCAUAUAAAAAAGAUCAACCAUGCCGAAGACAUCGAUCCAUAAAUCAGACAUGAGUGAAGAGAUGCAGCGUGAGGCUCUUCAGGUCGCUCUUCUGGCUGUGAAUAACAAAGAGGAUAAUGACAUUGCUCACUACAUCAAGAAGGAGUUUGACAGAAAGCAUGGGAACACCUGGCAAUGCAUUAUAGGGAGCUCUGGUUACAGCGUGACACAUAAUCCGAACAGUUAUAUCGACUUCUCUGUUGGUGACACAAAGAUUACACUCUUCAAAACUGGCUGAGGUUCAGCAACAGUUCAAACACAAUUUAUUUGAUCCACAUAUUUAUUAAAACAUCCUCCUUCA